UUUGAGCCAUUUGUUGUUUGUAUUCGAGUACAAAAAUCGAGAUUUUGUAAAGUUUUAUUAUUAUAUUUCAAGGUAUAUUUGAAUUGAAGCUUACUGACCUUGCGGUAUAAUCACCUAGUGUCUUCUUCUUAAUGUAAAGAAAAAAUAACGUUCAAAAUGAAUCGGAUAAUCAUCGCGUGCGCUGUUCUGUCGGUUGCUGCGGCAGCCGUCCUCCCUGAGGAUGCUCAAGCUCAAAUAGUGGAUUAUAUUAACGAAAAUGACGGAAUUGGUAACUAUAACUUCAGGUUCGAGACUUCCAAUGGCUUGAAACGGCAAGAAAAAGGCUCUGUGGUCAACCAGGGUCAAGAAGACGAAUAUAUUCAAGUUCAAGGAUCGUACUCUUACAUAGACACAAAGGGAAGACUCGUUAACGUCGUUUACCGUGCUGACAAAGAUGGUUACCAUCUCAUUGAAAAAGAAAUGGGACCAACCAUCACUUUGCAAUCCUCUGGUCUAUCACCUGCUGCAAUAGCUUCAUUGUUAGGGAAAUAAAGAUUAAAAUAAAAAGAUCAACAUCAUACAAUUUGCAAAUCUAUUAAAUAGGUACACAUAUACAGUACAUAUAAGUAAAAUCGUUAUUGUAAUAAUUUGAAUAAAAUAAUAUUACAAGACUAACAUUUACAAAAUAUCGAUAUAUUAAUAACCACUGUUGCGAACCUAGCUCAGAAAUUACCUAUGUAAUAAUUAUAAUAUUUACAAAAUCCAUAUACAUCAAUUAUUACCUGUAAUAAAUACGUAGAUUGUAUAAAACAAGAAAUAAUUUGAUCAAUAAAUGAAAGAAACGCUAUUUGUUAUGCAGAAAUUAAAUUAACUUUCAUUAUACUUUGUGAAUUAUUUUCAUUAUGAAUUAAAUGUAACUAUUAGUUAAACAGAUUCAGAAAUAGUGUCGAUAUUGUCCUUAUAUGUACAAUUAAAUAUUGAUUUAAACAU